UUGGUUUUUUUCUCAGCAGAUAGAAAUUAAGAUGGACAGGUAUAGAUGCUUUGGGGGAUUUUCCCUUCAUGGGUUUGUUUUGUUGCUAGCGUUCGUUUGCGUUAUAGUUCCAAGAGCUCAAGGAUGGAGCAAAGAGGGUCAUAUUAUGACAUGCCGGAUUGCACAGGCACUUCUAGAGCCUGAAGCAGCAGAAGCCGUUAGAAAUUUACUACCUCACGACGUUGAUGGCGACUUGUCCGCUCUCUGCGUAUGGCCAGACCAAAUCAGGCAUUGGUACAGAUACCGGUGGACUAGCCCACUUCACUUCAUUGACACACCUGAUAAUGCUUGCAACUUUGACUACUCAAGGGACUGUCAUGAUACACAUGGCUUGAAGAACAUGUGUGUUGCUGGUGCCAUCCAAAAUUUCACCUCUCAGCUUUCACACUACACAGAAGGAACCUCUGAUCGUCGAUAUAAUAUGACUGAGGCCUUGCUUUUCUUGUCACACUUCAUGGGAGAUAUCCAUCAGCCAAUGCACGUUGGAUUCACGACAGAUGAGGGAGGAAACACAAUAGACUUGCGUUGGUUCAGACACAAAUCAAAUCUCCACCAUGUAUGGGAUAGGGAGAUUCUACUGCAAGCCCUGAAGGACUAUUAUGACAAGGACAUGGAACUCCUCCUACAAGACAUACAGGGAAACAUCACAGAUGGAAUCUGGUCUGAUGAUGUUACAUCAUGGCAACAUUGUGAUGAUCACCCUUCAUGUGUAAACAAGUAUGCUACAGAGAGUAUAAACAUAGCUUGCAAGUGGGGUUACAAGGACGUCGAGAAGGGUGAUACUCUAACAGAUGAUUACUUCCUUCCUCGGCUACCUGUUGUGGAGAAGAGGAUUGCUCAAGGUGGAGUCCGCUUAGCUGCCAUCCUCAAUCUCGUCUUCUCUUCUCAAGAAACACAAGUUGGUGAUGAAGCAUCACGUUCACCCACCUAACCUAACUGUACAAUACAAGCCAAUGCCAUCAUCAACUACAAGUCUACAAGUUACACCAAAUUGUGCUUUAGAAAAUUGCUAUUUCACUUCAUUCCUAAUUUAUAAAUUAUGUGUAAAAAUUAUUUUGUAACUGUAAUAUCCCUUGGCGUGUUGACAUAGUAACGUAGUGUUACGGAUCCCUAAUAAAAAAGAUAACAUUUUUUUUUCCAACCCUUGUAAGUUUGCUCAACUUUUUAAUGAAAUAACAAUAAUGUUCUCAAA